UUAGGCCUAAAGGGGCAUGAUAGAUUACUUGUUAUCAAAAUUGACAGAUAUACAUAACUUAUUCACUUUCGGAAAGGACACGUGCUUAUCAGAACUAGCGUGUUAGUAUAAUAGAAUGCUGUCCUUUCCUUUUCAAAAACAUAAAUUGGAGACAUACAAGUAGAUGUAGAAAUACAUAUGCAUACUCGUAGGCGUUCAUAGAUAAUUUGGUCUAUGAAACAUAAUAUAAAAUGCUUGGCCUUGUAUUUUUUCAAGAGGUGCUCUUCACGGCAACAACGCAUUGUAUUUAUAUCUUUAUUCAAAUGUGUGCAAAGUAUAGAUUUGAAUUUGCUUGAAAUUAAACGAACCGAAAGGUAUUUCAACAAUGAAAUCUGGACACAUAGUUAUCCUACAGUUAUGUUUUAUUUUUGUGCUAUGUGCCAAACUGUCUCGUAAGCAGCUAGAACAACGUCUGCAAGCUAUGCAGACACUGAUCUUUCAGGAUACGCAAAUUAUGAAAGAAGGAAUCCGAAAUAAUGCUGAAGGUUUACAAACAUUAGCCAAAAACAUGCAGAAAAAUUCUGAUUUGCUUCAAGAAACCCUAUCAUUUGUCAGGAAUGUAAAUUUACAGGAUGCGAAAUCUAAAGACGCAGAAAUACAGUACAACCCUAAUACACAAGUUAACAUUUCAAAUAUCAAAAUAUUGCAACGUGCAUUUAAAGAGCUCAAAAUGCAUUCUUUGUCAUUGCAAGUAAACACAUUCAAUCAGUUGGAAGAAUUUCUUGAACAGCAAAACACAUUCAUGAAAAAUAUUUCUCUAUAUCUUGCAACUAUGGAAUCCAAAGAUAGAGAUGAGCUAAAUGAAAAUCUAAUAUCAAACAUAAAAAAACUGGCCUCGUGUGCGAACAAUAACCAAGACAGUACUCCAGGAACACUGUUGGUCGAAUAUAGCAAAAUUUUAAAGAAAGCUGAAUCAGUCUUAACGGAAGUAAUCAAUGGUCAAUCCAUAAUUUCUAAUAGUCUUUCGAGAUUUACUCCCUAUCAAACUAAUGCAGAGGACAAGAUCACAUCAAGCUGUUUCAACGUUGUCUAUUCAAAAGACACUGAUGUGGCAAACAACGAAAAUGACCAUAACUGCUACAAUAUAAGUGCACAACCAGGGAAAAGAGUUACUUUUCAUUGCGGUAAUAGAAAUAUUCGUCUAGGAGAUGCGCUCAUUACAGAGGUAGCUGUCGAGGGUCGUAUUGAAGUAAAAUAUAAUAACCACUGGGGAACAGUUUGUCAAGAUGGUUUUGAUCAGAAAGAUGCAAUAGCAGCAUGCAGAUCGGCUGGAUUUGCAAGAGGUGUAGAGGAAAAUCGUGUCCAUAAAGGAUCCGGACAAAUUUGGCUUUCACAUCUUUCUUUUAAGGGUGGAGAGCAAGAAUUGUUUGAUUGUAAGAGAAGUUAUGGUAUUGGUUACCAUAGAUGUGAUCAUUCUGAGGACGCUGGAGUAAGAUGUUUUUGGUUGCCUUAAAUGAUUCAAAAUUAAAGUGUUUGCAAAUGACUCAUUUUGCAUAUGACGUUAUAAUAAAAUCAAGCGUUGUCGUGUAAUGAACAUUUUGAAUUUAUAUAUAAUUUGUGCUCAGUUCUAAUAGCAUUGUUACUACAAAUGACCUUGUAAUACACAUUUUAUCUUUUAAUAGUUCUUAUUUAAUUAGUCGUUAAAGCUUUCUUAGAACUUUAUCUUUAGCAACCGAUGCUGUUUAGACCGUUACUGUACAUAAUCGUGAAGUCGCCGAUAAUCCAAAUUAUCUUAAAUUUUAGAUGUUCCGAGAUGUCUUCUAGGGAUUGAUAAUGAAGCAAUUGAUACACUUUCAUAACCUCUGACCCCCUUUCAAAAUUCCAUUUGGUUUAGUUCCGCUCGCUUAUUGUUUUCUCGUUUAGGGCACACGCAUUUUUCUCUUGGGGAACAUUCGCCGCUUUUCAUGGAAUGGCACUAACGAGUUACAUUGAGAGUUCCAUGAUCACCGCCGUAUGAACACUGCAGAUGUUUUUUAAUUCAAAAUUUUACCAUUACAUGUUUAAAUGUUGAAUACUGCUUAAGCCGGUGCUAGGGGGCUGUGGGCAGUUGCUUGCACUUUUCAUUACUGUCCAUGAACAAACUCAAUCAAAACGAAAAUGAUUUUUGAAGGCCUCAAUUAAAAAUGGCUAACUUCUUCUUAUAAAUACAUAGUUUAAUUUGAGUGAAGCUAGAGUUUAUUUUAGAAUGGAGCACUGCUAAGAUCUGUCAAAUAAAAAUUAUUCCCAUGUAUUCUACCCCCUACUCCCCACCCCGCCCCUAAAAAUGAUUUACAAUUAAAAAUUACUUUAUUUUCGUUUUUUGUAAUGAUUUUAACAAGAAUAUCUUUUUAUAAAAUAAACUUUUUGUAAAUACAUCCUGCGACAUUUCAGUUCAAUACCUACUAUUAAAUUGCUCAAUUACCUAUGUUUGAUUGUUUGUUUGAUUUGGGUUUUACGUCACAUCGACACAGUAUAGGUCAUAUCGCGACGUUCCAGCUUUACUGGUGGAGGAAGACCUCAGGUGCCCUUCCGUGCAUUAUUUCAGGCACGAACGGGUACCUGAGUAGAACCACCGACGUUCCGUAAGCUAGCUGGAUAGUUUCCUCACAUGAAAGAAUCCAAAGUCCCUGUCGGGAUUCGAACCCACAGAGGUGAGGGGCAAGUGGUUGAAGUCAACGACCUUAACCUCUCGGCCACGGACGCCCCAAAUUACCUAUGUGAGAUCAUUUAUAAUUUUUAAAU